AAAUCAAAAUCCCUAAAUGAAACCCUAACCCUUAAACCAUCUUCAUUCCUCAGCAGCCCUAGAGGGAGAGUGUGAGGGAGGGAGUUGCUGUGAGAGAAACAAUGGUGUCGGGCUCAGGGAUCUGCGCGAAGAGAGUGGUGGUGGAUGCGAGGCACCACAUGCUGGGCCGCCUGGCCUCCAUCUUAGCCAAAGAGCUUUUGAACGGACAGAAAGUGGUGGUCGUCAGGUGUGAGGAAAUCUGCUUGUCAGGUGGCCUCGUUCGCCAGAAGAUGAAGUACUUGCGGUUUCUUCGUAAGCGCAUGAAUACCAAGCCGUCCCAUGGCCCCAUACAUUUCCGUGCUCCAUCCAAGAUCCUCUGGCGCACCAUCCGUGGGAUGAUCCCUCACAAGACUAAGCGAGGAGCGGCUGCACUUGCUCGUUUGAAGGUUUACGAAGGUAUUCCACCACCAUAUGACAAGACAAAGAGAAUGGUCAUUCCUGAUGCUCUCAAGGUUUUGAGGCUUCAAGCAGGACACAAGUAUUGUUUGUUGGGUAGACUCUCAUCAGAGGUUGGAUGGAACCAUUAUGAUACUAUCAGGGAACUGGAGAAGAAGAGGAAGGACAGAGCUCAGGCAGCGUACGAGAGAAAGAAGCAGUUGACGAAACUGAGAGUUAAAGCUGAGAAAGUUGCUGAAGAGAAGCUCGGCGCCCAACUUGACAUCAUUGCCCCGAUCAAGUAUUAAGAUAGUGACACUUUUUUUAAAGUGAAAAUUUUGCUGGAAAGUGAUCUCUUUUAGUUUUUGUGGCAAUACUUGAGCAAACAUUUUCUCCCCCUUGUAUGUGAUUUUGUUCUCGAAAUAGUGCUAUUCAUAAGAUCUUACUGAUUUUUUCCUUGUGUUCA